AUGGAGGUAGCACCGGCCGGCCAGAGCCUGACCAAGAUCGAGACCCUGCGCCUCGCCAUCCGCUACAUCUCCCACCUGUCGGAGCUGCUGGGGCUCAGCAAGGAGACGCUGGCCCAGAGGAGAGAGGGCCCACGCCGGCACUGCCAGCUGUGCCCCGAGGGGCGGGUUGCUGCCAGGCCACGACCCCUGGCCUCCGGGCGCAUCUCCAGCCCCGUGGGAGGGGUCCCCCCCAGCCACAGAGUCCUGGGUGUCGCCCACCCUGCUGUCCUGCCGCAGGGAACCCCCCCUGAGCUGCACAGGACACGAAUCCUGGAUGCAGGGCCGAUGCUGCUGCCAACUGAAUUUGCAGACUGGUCUGUCCUCCCAGAGGUCCUGCCAGUUCGCCAGCAGCCCCUGGGCUGCUCCACCCAACGCCAGGUUCCACCAGCACCAGAGACAGCCCUGGUGCUGCGACAGGAGGAAGCCGGCCGGGCCCCACGUGCCCCUGCGAUGAACGUCAGCCAGCGAGCGGGCACGGUGCCCUGCAGCAGCCUCCCGCCCACCGAGGGCAGCUGUGGGUGGGGGCCCUGGCCCAACGGGACCGAGGGGGCCCUGCAGCUGCCCACCUUCUCCCCCGCCGCCAAGGCCCGCGUCAUCCUCACCUUCGUGCUCCUCGCCCUCUCGGCCGCCGGCAACCUGGCAGUGCUGUGGGCGGGCGCGGGCGGGCGGCGCGGGAAGCUCUCGCACGUCCGCGUGCUCCUGCUGCACCUGGCGGCGGCCGACCUGCUGGUCACCUUCGUGGUGAUGCCGCUGGACGCCGGCUGGAACCUCACGGUGCAGUGGCAGGCGGGGGACCUGGCCUGCCGCCUCCUCAUGUACCUCAAGCUGCUGGCCAUGUACGCCUCGGCCUUCAUCACCGUGGUGAUCAGCCUGGACCGCCAGGCGGCCAUCCUGCGCCCGCUGGCCAUCGCCCAUGCCCACAGGAGGAACCGCCUCAUGCUGUACGCGGCCUGGCUGCUGAGUGCUGGGCUCUCCCUGCCCCAGCUGUUCCUGUUCCACACAGUCACCAUCCGCUCCCCGCAGAACUUCACCCAGUGCACCCACGCAGGGCAGCUUUCCCAGCGCUGGCACGAGACGGCCUACAACAUGCUGGGCUUCGCCUGCCUCUUCCUCUUGCCCCUGCUCAUCAUGGUCUGCUGCUACGCCCGCAUCCUGCUGGAGAUCUCCCGCCGCAUGGGCACCAGCCUCUUCUCCAAGGAGGUGCCCCUGCGCCGCUCCACCACCAAACAUCCCGCGGGCGCGGCUGCGUAUGCUCAAGUGAGCCUGGUCAUCGUCAGCUCCUUCGUCGUGUGCUGGACACCCUACUACCUGCUGGGCCUCUGGUACUGGUUCUGCCCCCGCGCCAUGGAGGAGACGGUCUCGCCAUCCCUCGCCCACGUCCUCUUCAUCUUCGGCCUCCUCAACGCCUGCCUGGACCCCCUCACCUACGGCCUCUUCACCAUCCUCCACAGGGGGCUGGGGCCACUGCUGCCGGGGGGGCACGGAGCGGGGCCCGAGCCCUGUUCCCCGCCAACUGGAUCCUUGCGCUGCUCCGCCCACCUCCUUGCACGCCAAGCGGGGUGCCCGGCCACCCCGGUGCAUGAGACGCCCGCAGCCCAGAGCUACCUGGGCAAUGGGAACCAGCAGUGUCGACAGCAGCUACCUGUGUCCAGGAAGCAUGGGGACAUGGAUGUCAGUGUCCUCAGGCUGACUCAGAACAGGCUUCUGCAGCACAUCGCUGGUCGGGUGCUGGGCCAGCAGGAGCCAUGA